UUUUAAAAUUCUAGCUAAGAGAUAACAGUUUAUCUCUUUUCAUCAAGAAGUUCGGGCACACGGCCAAUCUAGGCGGAUACAGUAGUCAGCGUAUAUAUUAUAUUGAUACGGCAAAGAAAAAGUCACAGUUACAUUGCUUUGGUAACGGUGGCUUGGUUUCAGUUCAACAUGCCACGAUUUGCACACAUCUUUGUGGUAGUUGUUCUUUGUACGGUUACCCAUGGUUACCGCAAAGAGCAAGACGACGAUGUUUUACGUGUCGAAAAUAAUCCUGGGCAAACGUUCCAAGGCUGCAUGCUUCGUUGUAUAGAUAAAGACUUAUGCUGCUCUUGCAAGGAAUCUGCGAAACUUUCAAUGAAUGCUGCGAUGAUCAACGACUUUAUUAAGACAUGCCCAGAAGCAGACGAUUCUGACUGCACGGAACAAUGGAUCACUUCAUGGAUGAACGUCGAACGGGGCGGUGCAAGUAACUGUACGAUGAAGGACAACGUGAAGAGACAGAUCAAUCAAUGUACCGCUAGGUGUAAAGGAAAGCCCAUGUCUCAACCACUGAAUCCUCAUCAACCAUUGGACUUUCCAGGGCAAUUCUCUGAUUUAUCAGAGCUUUUAGACUACAAUGAACCAGAUUUCAAUGAGUUUUGCAUGGAUAUCCGCACUGAAGGUAUUCUAUGCACAGUUUGGAGUUCAACAGCUUUACUGCAGGUAAUACGCGAUGCCGACAAGAUACUACAUGCGGUUAUCAUGGUUACUCAUACAAAUGGUGCUACACCGACGCCCAGGACCACUGGGACUAUUGCUGUACAGAUACAUGCGAUUUCCAUGGUUACAACUACAUGUGGUGUAAGUCUGGUUCAAAAUGGCAAUAUUGUGGCGACGCUGGAUCUAUAGAUACGAAAGGUAGGAAGUGCGUGGAAUCAGUACCCUGUGGGAUGCACCAGGAGAUUGGAAAGGCAAGUUACUAUUGGUGUUACGUAGAUCACAAUAAAAACUGGGGUAGAUGCUGCGAGCCCUGGGACCCAUGUAAGCCGAAAAGGAGUGUCAGCGGAUGCUAUACGGGUUACAAGAAAUACACAAUGUGGGAGAAAUGCAAGAACACCCCAGAACAAAUGUGAAUGGAAGCCCUAUAUAUAUUUAUCCUUACAAUAACAAAUUCUUUUCGUUUCUUCCUGUGUGACUUAAUUAAAAAAAAUAUUGUAGAAUCUUGAAAAUAUGUUUUGAAUACAAGAAAAUACCGAAAUAAGCGCAUACUUUGAUACUAAAGUAUUUCCCGUAACCAAACAAUAAACACAUAUCAUUUUCACAUGGAAAAUUGUAUCUAAAAAAAGUGCAUUCCUUUCUCUUUCACCCAAACCAAAUGGUAUUGUAGUGUAAAGUGACCAUGACAUGUAUCUAACAAACAAAUAAUUACUCAAUUCAGAUGAAAAAUGUAACUGUUAUGUGGAAACAAAUUUAGAAUUUAAACAUCUGAAAUACAUGGAAAGGUGAAAUUACCUUUAAGGUACAAUUAAAUAGAUAAAAAUUCAAUAAAUUGUCGUUAUGCUGCUUAUUCUAAACAAGAAGUAUCUUUACAAGAGAUUAUCGGUCGUGGAAACGUUUCCGUAUUGGGUAAAGAUGACAAAUAGCCCAGUAAUUUACCGGAAAUCAAGAUGAAGACAAAUUGUAUACGGCCGAAAAGUACAGGAAUGUUUGGAAUAAUAUAAGAAUGAUAGAAUAUAUAAUAGGUGUGGUAGUGCUGUGAUUCAUUCUUUUUUUUUAUAUCUUUUGCUGUCGUACUUAGUAGUAUAUUAUUCUAAUUACUUAAUAGUAGGCUUAUAUAAUCUUUCCCAUAGGCGACCAAAAGCAUUGAUUGUAUUGCCUUAUUCUAUUUUCACUCUAUUGCAAAUAAAUGAUCUAAGCAAA